GUCUACAUCAACAUGCAGAAUCAACCACUCAUCACUUUGGUAUUGGACCAGCUGGACAAGCAUGACAUACUGAGUGAUACUGGAUUGCUGAAAAUUGCAACUUUGGAUGGAAAGGAAUCGUCAAUCAAUCAACUUGAACUCUUGGGUGUCUUGAAUGCCCUUCUUUCCAGAGAGAUUUUAACAUACGAGCCACUAGUCGUAGAAAAAUGGGUACUGACUGACGAGGGAAACAGCGUUGCUGAUGUUGGAAGCCAUGAAGCUCGAGUAUUUCAUGCCGUUCCUGAAGGAAAUGAAGGAAUCAGUAUUCCUGAAGUUACUAAAAUUGUUGGAGCAUCCGCCAAGUUUGGACAAGCAGCUGCUUUCAAGGCCAAAUGGAUUGGCAAGAAUGAAAAAGGAAACUUGACUCGUUUGGUCAGUUCCAUUACUGACCAGACACAAAUUGAUCUGAAGUUGAUUCGUGACACUGGUACUCAUUCUGACAAUGCUCUUUUAAAAGUGCUUAAGAAACGACAAUUGAUUACUACAUUAAAAAUCACCACAUACAAGGUCAAAAAAGGAAGCCGUUUUACUACUAAAUUGGUUGAGGAAUCCACUGAUAUAUCACACGAGAUGAUUCAAAGUGGAGGAUGGAAAGAUGCGACUUUUAAAAAAUACAAUUUUGAAGCAUCUGGUGUUACAAUCCCAUCUGGACAUCUGCAUCCAUUGUUGAAGGUUCGGGAUGAGUUUCGAUCUAUUUUUUUCGAGAUGGGAUUCUCUGAAAUGCCUUCCAACAAAUAUGUCGAGUCUUCUUUUUGGAACUUUGAUGCUCUUUUCCAACCACAGCAGCAUCCUGCCCGAGAUGCUCACGAUACCUUUUUUUUAUCGGAGCCAGCAACGACUGACAAGUUUCCACAAGAUUACUUGGAACGUGUCAAAAAGGUGCAUUCCACUGGUGGAUAUGGAUCUAUUGGAUAUGGUUAUGACUGGGCUGUUGAAGAAGCUUCCAAGCUUUUGUUACGCACACAUACUACUGCCAUUAGCUCCAACUUGCUUUACAAGCUUGCACAAGAAAAGGAGUUUAAACCAGUGAAAUGGUUUUCUAUUGACAAAGUGUUCCGUAAUGAAUCUUUGGAUGCCACACAUUUGGCAGAGUUUCAUCAAAUUGAAGGUGUUAUUGCAGAUCGAGACUUGACACUGGGCGAUUUGAUUGGAGUGUUGCAUGGAUUCUUCAAGAAACUUGGCAAGUAUUGUAUUGAGAAACUCCGUUUCAAGCCAGCAUAUAAUCCAUACACUGAACCCAGUAUGGAGAUCUUUUCUUGGCACGAGGGAUUGGGAAAAUGGGUGGAGUUGGGCAACUCUGGCAUGUUCCGUCCAGAAAUGCUGCUUCCUAUGGGACUUCCACCUGAUGUCAAGGUGAUUGCAUGGGGUUUAUCCACUGAGCGACCCACUAUGAUCAAGUAUGGCAUUAACAACAUCAGAGAGCUUGUUGGUCAUAAACUUGAUUUGGACAUGGUAGCCAAGAACCCACUUUGCAGGCUUGACAAAUGAUUUACAGCAAUUAAAAAACACCGCCCAGCUCUCGAAUGAUCCCAACAAUACCUGUUUUUAUAAAGAUGCAGAGUAUAAUUCAGAUGGAGUAGUCAUUUAGUUAUUAUAGCACGAUCGCCUGCAAUAAACCUUUUGUUCAUGGAUGGUCUGC